AUGACCUCACACCAGCCCUGCUGCUGGGUUAGCACAGCUCACAGUGGGUACCCAGCCUCUCAGGGCUCUUUGCAGCCUGGGGCUCACUGGGACUGGAAUCAUGUUUCUUUUAAGGAGCCCUGUUAUGGACUGAAUUGCAUCAACCACCCACUCCCACCCCCAAUUCAUAUGAUGAAGCAUAGCCCUCAAGAUGACUGUAUUUGGAGAUCAGGUUUUAAGAAGCAUGAACAGGCUAAAACAAGCCCUUGCAGCCUCCAGCUUCUGAGAGGUGGGAGGACGGGAUUUGAAAAGAUGACCUCCAAUGGCAGCGCUUCCUUGGGCAAAUGGUGA